AUGUCCAGAGAAAUCUCUCCGCUGCAAGAGGAGGACCAUUCCACCGCUGUGCCUUUACCUUUUGAGCCCACGGCUGCGGAGUGCUAUACCUUUAGCGAUGAAGAGGACGAGGAGGAUGAUGCCAUCUCUGACGUGGAAACUACAGACUUCACAGGCGAUGCGCGGAAAAUCCGCGAGCGCUUGUCUGUAAUGUUUGAGCACAACGACCUCAUCAACAACCGCAUGGCAGUCCUUACCAAGGCCAUCCGUGAGGGGCCGCUCCAGCCCAGCCAGCCCAGCCAGCCCAGCCAGCCCAGCCAGCCCAGCCAGCCCAGUGUGCGGCGAGUGCGCACCUCCACUGACGCUGCAGAGCGGGGCGUGGGCAAUGCGGACCCGACACAGCGGCGGGCGUCGCUUCCGAGGGAAUGGCAGGUUGAAAGCACGGCGACGCAAGGGCCAUCGCAAGGGUGGGAGGAACGCCUACAGCAAUUGACAGAGGAAAAUGCCGCGCUGCGUGCGCGAGUAGAAACUAUGGAGCAAACCUGUGCGCUGAACGACGAAGACCGCGACCGCAAUGUGCUGCGUGAAGGAGGUGCGGAGGCGGCGCGGGACUUCAUCCAAGCCAUGCCUGGCAGCACCCCCACGCGGAAGUCGGUGAAAAUGGAUGCCCAGGAAGCCCGCAGUGUGGCGAAGGGAUACCUGCAGGAGACCAGUCCCAGUGGCAACGACCCAGCAGGCGGAAGCGAGCUGUGGAACCGCGCCAGGUCCGCCCUCGCCGCUUCCAGCGGCACCGGAGCUGGUGCCGAGGACCGGCGCAACUGGCGCAGAGAGCUGCGCUUGGAGCGUGCUCAGAGAAAGCGGCUGGAACGCGAAAUGGCCACCCUCCGAAGCGAGUUGGCCAAGUGUGAAAGUAUUGUUGAGCAGCUGGUGGAGGAAAUCGAGGAACAGACCCGCAGCAAAGGUGGGUCUGCCUCAUCCUCAUUGCUGGAGGGCAAAAGCCACAUCGCAGGGAAGCAGAAGGGUCGCGAUCGCGUCGAGGGCUCGCCAGGCGAUUCGAGUGUUGACUAUGUCGAUGACUUGAAGGGAGCACUCAGUGGUUUCUUUUCAGCCAUUGGCACUCGCGUGACCCUGGCGGUGGCGCCCAGUCAGGAGACGGCGGACAGACCAGUGUCCGGCAGCGCUUCGGUCGGGUUUCUGUCGUGCGACCGCCCACGAGAGGAAGUGGAUGGAAAAUCGGCCAGGGCCAGUGGGUUGACUCCCAGCGUCCCGGAGCGUCCCGGAGCGUCCGCCAUGAAUUGGGAGAACCUCUUCGAGGCGACCAAUGCUGUGGACAAGCCAGUGCCGGGUUGGCUCUUCAAGGAGAUUUGUACAGAUGUGGAGCAGUAUCCAGAACAUGUUCCUGAUGUCGCGGAGCACUGCAUGAGGUCGGUCCUCAGCCACCAAUGGAUGGUCUCGCUGAAGGGCUGCUUGGUGGUGCGGCAUUUGGCGGAAGAGGUCUUCGACUUUCGCGCCUACAUGAUCCGCUGUGACGAGGCCUUGGAACACUUGGCGCGCUUGGCAAGGCCGCCGCUGUUGCCACAGGCGCAAAGCUUGGAGAGGGAAGAGGAUAAGAUCUACAGAAUCGCGGCGGACCGAGCGUUGAGGGCUGUGGUAUCUUCCACGGAAAGCUUUUUGGAGAAGGAGAGCGUUCGUGCUCGCUGCGAAGGUUUUGGGAACUACAUGCCGCCCAUAGAGGCCGAAGAGGUUCCCACUGGAGUGGCAGGCCUGGUGAACGAGAUGGUUGGCUUUGUGGGCGAUGCGGUGGCCGACACCGUGGACGACUUCAGGGAGAAAGGUGCUGUGGGCGCCGUGCGCGAUGGGAUCGCUGAUGCUGCUGACUUGAUCUUUGACUCGGUCAACUCUGUGUGGGGACUGCUGGGUGGCAGUGCGGGCCUUGCGCCUUGCAUGGAGUUCCAGCGAGCCAAGAUCGAAGGCGAGUGCUUUGCAGACUUCUGGGCCUUCGCCAGCUCCAUCCCGCGUUGCGCCUCGGUGGCGGCUCGGGAGUCGCAGCGCUUGCGUGGCACGUGGAUCACCAGGCAGCUGGCCGUGCAGAAGGUGCACGGAUACAGCUUGUCCUCUGUGCGGCUUUUGUGUGUGGUUGCCAGCAGUGAUGAUGAGCGGCAAAGGCUGGCAAACUUCUUCGCGCGGGACCAGCGCAAUUUGCGGUCGCGCUUUCGGCGCAUGGCGGAUCCAUUGGAUGAGGAGCAGCGGGUGCUGCUGAAGAUUCCCUACGAUUCGAGCUUGGAUGGUUGGGUGGAAAAGGAGUAUCAGACCUUAUUGGAACUGGAAGGAGUGCCAGGCAUCCCGAGGCUUUACGGUCAGCCCUUCUUCUUCGAAAAUUUGGGCGUUCGAGCCCUGGCGAUGCACUUCCACAGUGCUCCCAGCCUUCAAGAGCGCUCAGGCACUCCUGUGGAUGUGUACCGCAUGGCCUGCUUCUAUUUGAACGUCUUGGAUCAGGUGCACCAACGAGGAUGGAUCCAUGGCGAUCUGCAGCCCAAAGACUUGCUCUUCCAUGAUCCGGAAGGCCCCACGGUUACGUUCCGGCAGACCGAGGAUGAGGAGGCCUCAGUCAGUGGCAUGAUCUGUGGCUGGUCGCGCGCCUCCCGAAGUGCUGGGGAAUCCAGGGCGCACUGGGAGCAGCGCUUGCUCGAGUUCCGCAGCUUGCAGCGUCGUGCCAUCGUUCCCAGGGAGCUGACCAGCCUGCGACCGCCAUCGGUCUUCUCCGCGCCAGAACAGUAUAUCGCACUGUACACCGGCGAGGACCUGGAGACCGAGGCCACGGACCUCUACCGCCUGGGCGGCUGCGUGUGUUCCGCCCUGGCGCUGCCGCGCUGCGCGGACUGCGCUGAGGCCGUGGAACAGCUGCGGCGGCUGUGCCACCAGAGCCUGCUGGGGCAAGAAGCGCAGGACUGGGAACUGGAGCUCUUCUGCUCCGCUUUCGAUGUCGCGCGUCGCGGGGUGUUCCAUGUGAAUCUGUCGGAGGGCGCCCAGGGCUUGGCCCAGUGGCUCCGCCGCCUGCUCCGGCGCGACGCUUGCGACGGCGCGGCCGAAGGCGAUGGUGCCUUCGGCGCAGCGGCGGAGGCGCUGGAGGCGUUGCGCCAGGCCUGGGCGGUGGCCGAGCCAGCGCUCAUCGCAGCACAGUGGCGGAACGAGACGCCCGAGGUGGAGCGGCCACCAGCGCCGUCGCUGGUCCUGGAAGAGCCCGAACUUCUGGCUGGCAUGAGCAUUGUUUGA